AUGGAUCCUUCAGUCGAUGGUGUUGAUAUGAUCAGCUCGAUGCCGCCUGAGAUCCUUCACCAUAUCCUCUCAUUUAUUCGAACUCAGUAUGCGAUCAGAACGUCGGUGUUGUCCAGAGGGUGGAGGCAUGUAUGGUGCGAGACACCUUUUCUCGACUUUGAUUGUUUCCACAGAUAUGGAAUUAGGCGACAGCUGACGGCUCAAGAUAUAAGCCAAACCCUAAUUCUAUACAGGGCUCCGAAAAUCACGAGUUGUCAUCUUCGUAUGCCACGAAAUUUACGUGAACACGAGAUGAAUAGCUGGAUCGAGUUUGUUGUGUCCCGCAAUGUGGAGAAGCUGUCUCUUUUCUUCGAUUGUUACCCUAAUCACGUUUUCGAGAAGAUCUUCUAUCUCAGUUCCUCCUUAAAGCAGCUCUGCAUUUGGCAUUGUGAUAUGAUGAUUCCGGGAUGCACAGUAUCUUUGAAAUCCCUAAGGAAGUUAAAAUUGUGGGACUGUCAUCUCUACGAUGAAUCUGUUGCUAAUAUUCUCUCUGGCUCUCCAGUUCUUGAAACCUUGAGGUUGGAUUACUGUACAGGACCUCAACGUCUUGAUCUGAGUAAAUCACCUAGUUUGAGAAGACUAAAGAUUCUCUGGUGCCCAGGGCCAACCGAGAUUGUAGCUCCGCACGUCCAUUAUUUGAGUUUGAGCAACUCUAGUGAGCCACCACCUACUUUAGUGGAUGUCUCUUCUUUGACCGAAGCUAGCAUUGACAUAAUUGAUUCAGUGAACCUUUGCCGUCUUUUGAAUGCUGAUUUUCUCCAAACCAUGGUGUUAAAAAUGCUUGCAAAAUUACAAAACGUUAAGAGGCUUACUUUUACCGGACCCAUUCUUGAGAUUCUCUCUCUCGCUGAGCUCCAUGGUGUUCCUUUCCCAACGUUCAAGGUUGAAACUUUGACUGUUGAAACAAAUUUUACAAGAUAUGUUAUUCCUGGUUUAGCAAGGUUACUACAGAAUUCACCUGAGCUAAAAAUGCUAAUAGCACACGCGGGAUACCAGGUCGGCAUACAGGACAGGGAUCUGGACAGAUAUAUGGAUUCAGAAGGUUUGAAUCGCGAUGAAUGCUGGAGAUCAAAAUAUGAGGUAUUUCCUACCUCACUUGAGUUUUGUAGGAUGAUACGUUGUAAGGAUGAAAUGUGGAAGCUCAUGGCUUCGUUCAUGGAAAUGGUGAUAAGAAACGUAAAAACACUAGAGACGUUGGUGGUAGGGUUGGAAUAUGUUGUUAGUGAUGCAAGAUGGUUUGGACUUCAGAUGAUUCCAACGCUUUCUAACAACAAUAAUGUCUCCAUUGUGCUCAAACGCUAA